CUUCUACUGCGGCCCCACGAUGCCCACGGUCGCUAGACCAAGCACCAUCAUCUGCUCAGCCACAAUCAGGGUCCAAGGCGCUACUGGUACCAUUGUACUUCCUCCUCGUCGUAUGCUGCAAUGUGAUAUUGCCUGAACAUUGUACCGUGUACACCGCCCAUUGUCACUCCUUCGCUUUUCGCCACCUGCAAUGCCGAUGUCGAGCUCAAGCUGAAUGUAGACAGAUUGAUCGUCUUCGCGAUAUGCGAGCCUAGGAUGCAUUCUCGCAUCAUUCAGUAUUAAUAGCAGCACCAAACACGUCGUCCUCUAUACAUAGAACGAUCGUCGGCAGAAUCAACGUCGUGCAGUAUACAGGACACUACAGGAGCUGGGAAUGGCGUGAUGGUUCUUUUGUCGGUGCCGGGCCACCCUUGUACGCCUGUCUCAGAACGACUUGUCGACAUGCGGGAAACUGGUCCUCGAGAGACAAUGAGCACCAAUUCAUAGCGGUCCGCUGGCUUCCAACAGCUCAAAAGAUAAUCUGGUCUACUGUUUCAUGGCAUGCAUUGCAUCUAGGACGAAGUCUUACCAUCUCGAAUGUCUCAAAAGGAUCUACACGCGCUUCGCCGAGAGUCUCACUUCCAAGGCGUUUGUGUCCCAGCAAAAGCUUGUAUCCAGCGAUAUUCUAGCAUUGUCAGACUCGAAUAUUGUCAUGAUUGUGCUUUCAUCGCCUUAUCCGGUGGCAGGGCAUAGCCUGGGUAAAAACCUCAGUUCCUGCGAUGAGUCUCGCCAGGGGUCCUACAUCAGACAAUGCUAUGACGAGGACCGGCCAUUCCCACCGUGGUUUGCACACAAAAAUACUAAGAGAAAACUCACGGUUUCUAACUCUGUACGAUUGUAGUUCGCUAACCGGUAGGCACAGAAGCCGAAGGCGAUAUGCUGGACCCUGGAAGCAGACGCAGAUGGCUGUGGCUUGCGCACCGAGGCUUUAACCAGAAUGGUAUAAAGAUCUGCAGAGUCCAGAACCAUCAAACAUCACUUUGCCUCCCGCGCUGGGUGCCACUCCUCGUUGAGCAACCAUCAGCGGAAGCUCGCUUCUGCACCUCCAUGGCUAUGGAUUGGCAGAUGCAGGGUUCCCUAGGCUUUACACGUGCAUAGCUUUGGAGUGCCCGCGUCAUUGUGGAUGCGACAGUUGGUCAAUUGUCGAACUUCAACCUUGAAAAUGAAUGUGCGUUAUUGCGACUGAGUGGGGAACUUCCAGCAACAAUGCAUGCCCUUCCAGCUAAGCGAUGGUCAAGCUUGGUAUCGCCUGGCAGUUGAGACACCCGGAACAGCGAGCUGUCUUGUCGGAUGAUAUCCCUAGGUCGAAUGCAUAAGGUCGCCACAGCUCAAGAGCCAGGAAUCAGCGAGCUCAUUCGCCCACGUUCCGCUACCGAACCACUUCUCCCUACGCUCACCGCGCGAGCUCCGGCAACACUGAUAGCGCGCCGUUUGACUACGCACUGCCUACCCGCCUUGAUGGUGCGAGUCAAGUCGGAACAUUUCUCGAGCGUUCAGUUGGAGUUUGUUGUAUUCGGAACCGGCCCAACUUUCCGAGAGAGGAGUACACACACAGCCACUACUCUCUGAAUGACCCACCGGCUAAAUUUCACAAGUUCAAACGGUGCGAACAAAAAUCGAUGCCUGGUGUGCACAUGGGAAAGCCCAUGUUCUGUCCUCCACUCAUGCCUGUGGAAAUGCCUCUACUGGUCAAGUCGGUUGUUAUUUGCCAGCGUGCGGACAGAUGCUCUCAGCCACACACGGUCGCUUGCGAGAAACGGAAUACCGGGCCCAGAUCAUAGCUUCUUCAUUCCGGACCUAGCCUGGUGCCAGAUAUGCCACCGUCGCUCUGAUCUCCACGCUUUACCCAUCUUGGGUCCUGAACAUCGCAUCAAAGAUCCGUCCAAUAAGGCUGCAGCCCUGGACCGUAAUGCAACGAAGCCCAGCAAAAUCGGCCUCCGUUAUGUUCGUUGUGCGCCGGCAAAACCCAUGGUCCUUAUUUCGAGCUCUUAGCUCACCGAGAUGUGGCUCUGGUAUUGUGGUAGACCAUCAACCUUCCGCUUCGGUCGAGCUUAACCCUAGUUUCUCUGGGUUUCCCCGAAUCGUUUGGCCUCCUUCCGCCAGGCUUGAUCACCCUGACCUGGACAAGGGACCGUCCCCAGUCCUUUCCAAUCAUUCCUGUUGGUCUCCUUUUGGCCACUGAUUUGCGGUGGACCCUGGCGCCGUUGUCGAAUUUCACUUGUUGUGUCCCACAGGCUCUAGUAUAAUGUGCGUCGCUAUCGCCGCCAGUCCUUAACUCUCACCCCGGUCAUGCCACAUUUGAGACACGGUUGGAUACGCAUGCCGUUCUUAACUCUCGUUCUUUUUGCACGCCAGCCGCAAACCAAUCGUUCUUUAAUCCCCUCGUUCGACACUGCCACGAGCGAAGAGGCUUCCUCAUCUAGCCCUGUGAAACAACAGAAGGAUCCCGGCAGCUCACGUUCAUUUCCAAAUUUGGCGCCGGCUGGAUGUUUCAUUUCCCUUCUCGAAUACACCAGUGCCUGACUAUCAGGAACCUCAAUCAACGUCUUUCCCAGAGUCAACGAGCUCACUCGGAUAGGGGCGACCCGGGCGCUCAGCCUCCUCGCUGUUGGUAGAGGACGAUCUUGUCUGCAGAGUCUAGCUGUAUCUAUUUGAGCAAUACUUUACACUUCCUGUUAUAUUUGAAGGCUUAGGUAUGGGUGAUGAACCACCGCUCCCAGCAAUUUCCACACCUCAUGAGAAUGAGGAGAGCUUGAGAGAACAUUCUCCUCAGCGACCGGUACCUGUGUCGACAACCCCAUCAGCACGAGUGCCGGACAUGGAGUUUGAAUCCUAUCCUCGACAACACUUCGGCAUGGCUCAUUUCCCUGGUGCGGAAGCGCUCGAUAUGUCAAAUAUGGCAGCAGCCUUGCCAGAAUACCCGAUGCGACAGUUCCAGCAACAACCAUUUCCUCACCAAUUUCCUACAGCCGGAUCUGCGAACCAGUCAAUGAUGUAUCAGUAUCAGCAAGGCGCGCAGUUUGCUGGUCAAACUGCCGGUAAUUACAGCCAGACCUUUGCUCAACAGUACCCAACCCAAUAUGUGCAAAGCCUUCCAUCGCGACAGGGCCAAGGUGCAUUUCCUCAGUUCAUCGGCGGCUCGGCCGGGGUGAGUGGCCCGCAGGCAUACCCAAGCCAGGCCCUUUUGUUGCAACAAUCGAUGCUUCAGAGUGCGGGUGCGACAGUCCAGCAUCAACAGCAUCAGCACCAGCAGCACCACCAGUCACCAUUCGCCCAAUCUCAUGUACCUGCGCCGUACAUGGGCCACUACCCUGGCAGGGUCGCGCCCCAAUAUCCUUUACCACAUUUGCGUGUGAAUAGUAGCCUUGCGCAUCCGCAGGCACAGCAGUUCUAUCAGCAACUCGACCCUCAAGCCAUCAGGAGAACCAGUUCGAAUUCGUCGUUACAGACAUCUGCGCUCAGAGGGCCGCCUAGAAAACCACGGCAGUCCGGGCACGCCCUUUGGGUGGGCAAUCUCCCACCGUCUACCAACAUAAUCGACCUCAAAGACCACUUUUCAAAAGACGCCACAGAGGACAUUGAAAGUGUUUUCCUGAUAUCGAAAAGCAACUGCGCCUUUGUGAAUUACAAAACCGAGGCCAGCUGCGCAGCCGCCAUGACCCGCUUCCAUGACUCGCGCUUCCAAGGCGUCAGGUUGGUGUGUAGACUGCGCCGCGGCAGCUCUUCUGCAGCGAACACACCGCAAAGUGUCGAUGCAGCGCCGGCCGAGAUUUCGGCUUCGGCCGGGGCCAAGCAGCCUGACGGUGUGCCAGGGGAGCAAGCUGUGACAGUCGACGGCGCAGUCACAGCCGAGCCUGAACCUAUGAAGAAGGUCAAGGAGAAGUUCUUUGUUGUCAAAAGCCUGACGGUCGAGGACUUGGAACGUAGUGUCGUCAGUGGUAUAUGGGCCACUCAGGCGCACAAUGAAGAGGCGCUCAAUAAGGCGUAUCAGACAGCCGAGAACGUGUAUCUGAUUUUUUCGGCGAACAAAUCCGGCGAAUACUUCGGCUACGCCAGGAUGGAGUCGGCAAUCGAUGCCGAGUCUGCUGCCAAACUCGACUACCAACCACGACCAGAGGCGCCAAAUCCCAGUCCUUCCGAUGUCCCAUUGACGGUUUACACACCGGCUACCGCCACGGCACCCAGGGGUCGGAUCAUUGACGACUCUGCACGCGGCACGAUCUUCUGGGAGGCGGAUGUGGAGAACAGAGAAAAAGAGGAACAACACACGGCAGAGGAGGAUAGCGGGAACCUGUCCGGCGAAGGCUACGAGUCCACCAGCCCUGCGACGCCGCAAAGCUUCGGAAAACCGUUCAAGAUCAAGUGGAUGUCCACCGACCGCCUGCCGUUCUAUCGGACCCGAGGUCUGAGAAACCCUUGGAACUCGAAUCGUGAGGUCAAGAUUGCGCGGGACGGCACCGAGAUCGAACCUUCUGUAGGUCGUCGCUUGGUCAGCAUGUUCCAUCGUCCCCAGAUGGCAGCGCCCGUCAGUCCCAGCGCCGCAAGACAACAUCCUCCCGCUCCUCAAGGACCACCGCCGCCCAUGGCUGGAUUCAUGUCUCCUCCUCAUGGCGCAGCUGGCGCAGCCCCAGGAGGUAUGUACGGCAGAGGUUAUUGAUAAUCAUCACCGUCAUCUAGUCAUCCGUUUUCCCUCUUCUCGCAAUGCCAUACAUCCCCACUCUAUUGCUGUUCAAAGGGUGUUCCUCCGACGACGACACGAUGUCACGAACAAAACUGGGAGAAAAAAGAGAAAAGGAUUGAUGAAACACCAAGCGACAUGGCAAAGCAACGAUUUCCACGGCGUAUUGUUAAGAUACCUGGGGCGGGCGACAGGAGACAGGCCUGUUUUGAAGUGUUCGAGUGGAUAUGGUUGGAACUUCGGAAAUAACAACAACAUGAAAAAGAUGAAUACCAGCACGUAGGCCCUCGGCUGGGCCGAGGAUCAUUUCAGUUCUACUUGUACUACUCUGUGCUCGGGUGAUGUUGACGGAAGAGUCCUGGCCCAGGAGAACGAGAGGUCUCAUCCUUUGCUUUCUCGGCUUUUGCAACGGUUGAGCAGAGGGCGGACUCCCGCCUCGCUUACACGGAUCAUUUCCUGGUUUAUAGAGGCACAGGAGGCAUGCCAGGCUCAGCAGCGACGGCAGAAACCAGAGUACCUUUUUACGAUCUUACGAGAAUCUUUUGCCCC